AUGGAUCUGUUUCAUCAUCAACACUUGAAUUCAUCCCAUGGAUUUCUUUCGGUUGUCCGACCCAAAGCCGAGAUUCCCGACUGGGCGCUCGACUACAAGUCGUCGUUUCCUUCUUCAGGCCACAUAUCAACCGUCAAUGACCACGAUGGUCGAAAUGGUUGUGAUGUGUCGGAUGCCGCCUUGAGCUACAUUGACCAGAUUCUCAUGGAAGAGGACACGGACGAUGGGUCCCACACUCUCCAGGGCUCGUUGGAUUUUCAGGCGACUGAGAGAUCCUUCUACGAGGUGCUCGAACAAAAAUACCCCCCUUCUCCGCAGCAAGAAUCGUCCAAGCUUUAUGCCAAUCAUCGCCAUAGUUCGACGAGCGGAUAUCUAAUUGAUGUUGUCCGCGAAAGCCGGUUCAAAUCUCCCACCGGUCCAUUUGACGGUCUCAUGGAUCACAAUGUUCCAUCCGACUCCUCCAUUAGCCCGUCGAGUGGCUUGUAUAGCGUUGUAAAGCAUAGACGAUCUUUUGGCAGGAGUGCAGUGGUUUGGGAUUUUAAAGAAGGGGUCGCGCGCGUGGCUAAUUCCAUCCCGAGGGAAGGAAAGAUGUUGCACAUUAUCAGAGUCACAAUUCAAAAUCCUUCGGAAGGUGAAAAUAAAGCGGUCAAAUCGGGAGAACAUCUAGCGAGAAUCACCAAGAAUCCCCAAGUUUUUACGGAGUCCAACAUCCCCAUAGAAGAUUUUGACAACCUCUUGCUCUCCACGCUCGACGACCGUGACUCGAAAGACAUGCACAACCCAAGAAGCGCGGUGAGGAAGGCCCGACUCGGUAAGUCUCACAAGGUUAAAAGAGAACAGAUCGACUGGUCGACCCUCUUGACGAAAUGCGCCCAAAUGGUGGAGUCUGGCGACCGUCGAGCCGCGGCUUCUCUCCUAACUAAAAUCAGACGACACUCGUCCUCCAACGGCGACUGGGCAGAGAGGCUGGCCCACUACUUUGCCGACGGGCUUGAGGCCCGCCUGGCGGGGACCGGUGGCCAGGUGUACAAAUCACUCGCGUGCAACAGGAUCUCUGCCCCCACCUGCCUCAAGGCUUACUACACGUCGAUCGCGUCUUUCACGUGCCGAAAAGUCACGAACCUCGUCUCGAACAAGCUCCUCGCGGCCCGGUCGGCGGGCUCGGCCCGUGUCCACGUCAUCGACUUCGGCAUCCUCCACGGCUUCCAGUGGCCGACUUUCAUCCGGCGCUUGGCCCUUCGUCCCGGCGGGCCCCCGAGGCUCCGGAUCACCGGCGUCGACUUUCCCAAACCGGGCCCCCGGCCCUCCGAGAUGAUGGAGGAGACCGGCCAGCGGCUGGCCCGCUACGCGCGGGCCUUUGGCGUCCCGUUUGAGUUUGCCGGCAUCGUCUCCCGGGAGUGGGAGUCGGUCGGCACGGCUGACUUCCAGGUUGAGCCCGGCGAAUUCUUGGCCGUGACGUGUUCUCACCGCGGGAAGAACCUUCCGGACAGGUCGAAAACGGCGGUUCUCAAGCUGAUACGGGGAAUCGGGCCCGACGUGUUCGUGCACGGCGUGGUGGACGCGUCGUACGGAGCCGAGAGUCCCAUGUUUCCCGCGCGUUUCCGGGAGGCUUUGUUUCACUUCUCGGCAAUAUUCGACAUGGUGGAAACGACGAGCAUGCCCGGUGGGAAGCCCGGGAGAAUGCUGUUCGAGGGGAUGUUUCGAAAGGAUAUAAUGAAUGUGGUGGCGUGCGAAGGGGCCGAUAGGGUCGAGUGGCCCGAAACUCGGAGGCAGUGGCACGGGCGGCAUGUUAAGGCGGGGUUUAGGCAGGUCUCGUUCGGGAGGGAGCUGACGGGCUCGGUCGUGAGGAAGGUGAAGAGUUCAGGUUCAUACCACCGGGAUUUCGUGGUGGAGGAGGAGGGCCAGUGGCUGUUGAUGAGUUGGAAAGGAACGGUCGUAUUUUCCCUGUCUUGUUGGGAGCCUGUUGUGGUCAAGAAGCUUUUGAUCACAACUUGA